AUGCUGUCAAUUGAUGCGGCAAUGCAGGUCCUGGCUCACGCUUUCCGACAGCGGCUUUUCUUGAACCCGCGGCCUGAGAAAAUCCCAACCUAUUGCCUCUACGUGACAACUAUGUUGUCGCUUGUGCAAGCUUUCUUGGACACUGUGCCAAUUGACUUUCCUUUGUUGCAGUGGUGGGUGCAGCAGGCCCAGAAGACGACUGCGCUUGCCAUUGGACGCUACGCGUUGAAGCAAGACCCAGUUGAGUCCACGACAAUUGUUCCCGUCCCUCAGUAUACCAUCCUGAGGUAUCAUGAGUUUGUGAAACAGCUUUUUGAGGAGCUGAAAAACAACGUCCCCAAGGUUGCGCAGUGGGCCGUGUUUCAGACGGUGGAUGAGGGCUUGAACUUGGAUAGUGUCCUACACUCCAUCAUUUCCACGUGUCAGGAGUUUGACGCCGCUGAAGAAGUGCUGGUAGUGACAAGGGCCUUUGCUGUGUCCCUCACAGAGGAGAUUGUCAGCUUGCAAAUGAAAGAAGGGACUAAUCUGACUGAUUGUAAAAACCACAACGACGCUAGCUUGAAACAGCGAGCAGGUGGACGCAGAUUUGAGAAGCUUUGGUCAAGUGUCCGUGAUGGCCACCAUGCGCCCCCAGUGGAUCUGCGAUACUUGAAAGGCCCUGCAGAGCGCGUCGGUUGUACUACCAAUGCUCAGGUGCGAGGCGACAUAGUGGCCUUUUUGGAGUCUCUGUAUGAGAGCGUUGCCGAAACGUUACCAGACUUCCGCGACGAGCUGGGUGAUGCUUCAUCAGUGCAAAUUUCAGUUACAGAUCCAUAUUCACAAGAGCUCAGGAAGCAGCAAGCGGAAGUGGUCGAUCCAGCCGUUUUGCCAGGGAAGAAGCCUCGCAAGAGCAAACGGCAAGUGGGCAUCAAUCAAGCCAGAACAUCAGCUGAGAUUGAAGAGAGGUGGCUGCCGCCCGGCACCAUGAAAGAGUACUUCGACCAGUACGUUCUUCAAUCUUCGCUGGAGAAGCCGGGAAGCUUUCCAACUUUUUGGCGACGCGAGCAGGUUUGGCUGUCUGACUUUAGUUACUUGCAGAUUCGCGCAAGCAGCCAACAUGCGCAGUGCGCAACUUGCAUUCGCCACCGGCACAUGAUCAAAUCGUUGGGACACCACCUUGCCGCGAGACAAGACCAGCAGCAUCACUACUGGCGCCACCUUAGAGAUCAAUACGCAGAUCGAUUGGUGUAUUACAAGAAUCGCGGUUUGUCGAGACUGAAGAACGGUCGCUACGUCCUGAUGAUCCAGGACGGUAUGGACCAGGGGAAAGUGGCGCUGCCACGUUCCCCCUGGAUGAAGUCCAAGGAGUACGCAACAUUUCAACGACCCAAACUGCACCUUAGCUUGACGCUUUGCCACGGCUAUUUGAUGCUGUGGUCGAUCUCAAAUCCUGACUGCAAAAAGGAUUCAAAUGCAUCAAUCGAAACCAUUGCUUACACCUUACAUUUGUUGGCGACACAGGAAGGGGUGUGUCUGCCUGAGUGCCACAUUGGCAUUCAGGCAGACAACACCCCGCGCGAGCUCAAGAACAACCCGAGCUUCCGCUUUAUGGCGGCGCAAGUGAGCGCGUCCAACCUCAGGGCCUGCACAAUAACUUUUCUUCGUUGCGGACAUUCCCACGAAGACGUGGACCAAUGCUUCGGCCGUUUGGCACGUCACUACGCAAAGAUCCAGUGUGCCCAAACACCACAAGAUUUUGUGGCCUCGACUGUUGAGUUUUCUCGGAACAUGAAGAGGCCCCAUGAGACCAAGUCACAUGUCAUCAAGAUGAACGAUACACGUGAUUGGAGCCAAGGCUUUGCUUAG